GAGGCGACAUGGCGGCGCCCAGCUCGGAGCAGACGGCCAGGCCGCCGCGGCCGGGAAGAAGCGGGCGGAUCCUGCUGGUGCGGCACCUCCCCGCCUCGCUGACGGCUUCGGAGAAGGAGAGCUUGCUGAGGCACUUCGGGGCCGCUUCCGUGCGGGUGCUGUCCGACCGCGGGAGGCUGAAACACACUGCUUUUGCUACUUUUCCGAAUGAAAAUGCAGCUACUCAGGCUUUAUCAAGAUUGCAUCAGCUCAACCUUCUAGGCCACACUCUGGUAGUUGAAUAUGCAAAGGACCAAGACAGUGUUUGUGCACUUAGCCAAUCUUCUCAAAGCGAGAAGGACAAAAGCCUUGAAGAACCAGUGAAAGAAGAGAAAGAACAGAAAGAUCUAGGCUGCCUCAAGAUAGAAAGUGGAAUUGCUCCUAGCCAUGGGUUAGUUAACUUCCCUAUAAAUUCUUGCCUCAAAUAUCGAUAUCCCCCACCUUCCAGUACAAUCCUAGCCAACAUAGCAAAUGCCUUGGCAAGUGUGCCUAAGUUUUAUGUGCAGGUUUUGCAUCUUAUGAACAAAAUGAAUCUUCCCCCUCCCUUUGGGCCAGUUACUCCUCGACCUCCUAUGUAUGAAGAGUAUAUUCCUUUACCGCCUCCUAUCCCCCCUCUGCCUCCUGAGGAACCUCCUUUGCCUGAAGAGGAGGACAGUCAAGACUCGAGCAAAGAUGAAUCUGAGUAUGAAAGUGCUGAUGAAGAGGAAAAAGAAAGAUUUACAAAGCUGAUGGAAUUGGCAACCCUCCAACCCAAACGACGGAUUCCAACAAAGCCACACCGUACGAGAAAAAAGAGAAAGAUAAAAGACUUAUUAAAUCUUUAUGUUGUCUUUUUGAACAGCAAUUUGCACCCAGCCCUGUCACCUUCGGAUGUGUUUGAGCAGCCGCACCCUGUAGGUCUCAAAAUUGAAUUUCACAUAUCUUCAGAGAGCCCUGGCAUUCUUCAGAAAAGCUUGGCAGAGCAGCACGACAAUGACAUCUAUGCAGCCAUUGAUGAAAUAUCUGGUGCAGGGUUUGGAAUCUUACCCGCUCUCCGUUCUAAUCAUAAAGAAGAGACAGAAGAGGAAGAAGAAGACGAUGAAAUACCUUCGGAAUUUGUUUCUAAAAGGAGUAGAAAAGGCAGAGUCUCCCAUAAAGAAAUGGAAACUCUUGCUGUCAGAAAUUAUGAGCCUGGUGAGCCAAAUUGCAGAAUUUACGUGAAGAAUCGUCUAAACAAGUUCAAAGAAAGGGAUUUGAAGUUUAUCUUUGGAAGAUACGUUGACUUUUCAUCAGAAACUGAACGUAUAAUGUUUGAUAUACGCUUAAUGAAAGAAGGCCGUAUGAAAGGACAAGCAUUUGUUGGGCUUCCCAAUGAAGGAGCAGCUGCAAAAGCUUUGAAAGAAGUCAAUGGAUAUGUUUUAUUUGACAAGCCUAUGGUGGUUCAAUUUGCUCGAUCUGCGAGACCAAAGCCGGAUCCCAAAGAGGAGAGAGAAAAGAUAAGGGGAGAAGACCCUGAAGAAACAUUCCUGCCUAAAUACUGCAGUAAUACUGUGUCAUGCAAAGUGUAUCCUUUCUUGCUGUAUCCUUUUUUUGUAUAUAUACAUCUUUUUUUUUCUAGUAAAAGGUUCUGGUGUUCUCUUAGCAUUGCGCUAGGUGGUCAUCUAGCAGAUCUCUAGUAAUGGUUUGUUAUUUUACUAAACAUAACCCCUGUUUGUUAACUUACCAGGGUGCCCAUGGAAGUUUAUAGCCUUAAAAUGCACUUUUCAAAAAUUCCUCAUAUUAACAAUAGCACAGUUUUGGGCCACCAGGCCUUCAGCAAGUGUAAACCUCUCUGCUUACGUUGGUAGAGUUUUAAAUGCUGUUUACCAACUGAAGAUCUGGCCUCAACUGUAUAUUUUUAAUCAUUGCAUCAUUGCCGUCUUCCAAUCUCAUUGUGUCCAGAGGAAAACAACAACGCCUCCAUAGCAAAGUAAUACAAUAUGCAUCUUUAGCUGUUUUUUGUAAUCCUCCUUAUUGGAUAGAGCAGCAGGUGAAGCGGUAUAAAUGGAGCAAACUAAAUUAUCUUCUACUUAGUCUUUCUUGCUUCUUUCUCAUUUGUUCUCAGGCUAGCGCUAUCUUCUGUGUAAGCAUUACAGUAAAAUACAGCUCUUCCAGAGACAGUUUUAGCCUUGGAUCCAUUAGAACUCAGAACCACAGCCCUGCAAAAGGAAAUGCUCUUUCCAUUUACAGAAGGGGUCUGCAUGGGUCCCAUCCUGAUGGGAUGUUGUAGGGCAGUUUUUGUUAACCUUUUUCCUGCAGCCAUCCCCUAUUGCAUUCCGUACUCUUCCUAAGGGUUCUCCAAACCUGUGGAAUAGCUUUUGCUGGCGGUAGGGUGUUUUUGAGGGAAGAUGGAUUUGGUAAAAAUUCCCUCUCCCCCUUUGCCCAUAGCAGGAGCAGAUUUUUGCUCACGAGCUCCCUGUAUCUUAGCCUUAGUUUUUCUUAUUAUCCAUACUUUUUAGCUUUCUAGUUUAGAAAUGUGUGUUUUCAAUGCGCCUUUAAAUCGUUCCAGGUUCGUUUUGAGUUCCGUGUCUUUCAAGCUCUGGGAAGAAGAUGCACGGUCGGCCGAACUAUUCAACAGUGCGUAAAAGCAUUUAACAUGUAUUUAAAACACGACACAAAUGUUCUGCUAACCUUAGGUGUGUUGUGUGCUUUUAAACAAUGGAAGACCUUGCAGCAAGUCACAUAGCGGAUGUGGAAAAUGUUUCAAUUAAAGAUCUAAUAAAUUAUUCACUUUUGCAU